AUGGCCCCAAACAGAGGCCGCAAUCGCGCGCAUGAAUUUGACGAUCUCCUGCUACCCAGCGCGCCAGACCUCGACCCCGAAGCCGACGACGCACACGCCCCCUCCUCCAGCGAUGAUGAAGCCGCCACCGCCGCCGAAAAAGACGACAAGACGGCAAGAGCGCGCGAGCAUUAUUUAGAUGUGGGGCUGAGUAAACUGCGGCAGCCCAAGAGUGCGGUUCUUGGGCCAAGGUAUGCGGGGGCGAAGGUUGGGAGGGAGGAUUUUGAGGGCGAGGAUGGGGAGGAGGAUGAGGACGAUCCUUUUGAGAGGGGGUUUGGGGAUGAGGAGAGUGGGAGUGAGGGUUUUGAGUUGGGGGAUAGUGAAGAGGAGGAUGAGGAGGAGGAGGAUGAAGAAACGGAUGGGACUGAUGUUAGUGAUGAAGGGGCUCAGAAGAAAAUGAAACAUGGAGUACAGAAUGGUGCGGUGGUGGAGAAGCGGUAUGAGGCUUUGAGGAGUAUGAUGGACGAGACGAAGGAUGUUACUUCGAGACUGGCUUUGUCGAAUCGAGCCGAUGUUGAGAAGGGACGGGCGGUGAAGAGGCAGCGCACAGCGUUCGAUUCGCUUCUCGGCGUUCGCAUCAAAUUGCAGAAGGCGUUGGUCGGGGCCAAUAGUGCCGUCGCCAUUGACAGCAGCAAGCUCGAAGAUCAGGAUAUCACUGGGCAGGCGGAGCUGGCUGCUUUCAAGCUCUGGUCCACCCUCAACGACUUCCGCGAAGAGCUCAUUGGAGCCAGAACAGGAGAAAAACGCAAGCGAAGCGCCUUCACAACCACCACCCCCUCCGAAACCCUCUGGAAACGCAUGCAAGACCAAGACAUCACCAGCCUCGCACACCGCAACGCCACCCUCAAACGCUGGUCCGCCAAAAGCCGUCGAGGCACCGUGCAACUGCAAGCCGGCCUCCUCAACCAAAACGGAAACCAAACCAGCGUCCUCGACACAAUCACCGAACACCUCUCCAACCCCGACCGCCUGCUGAAAAGAGCCCACACCCCGCGCUCCUGUGCGCCCCUCCAAUUGGCGAAGAACAUCCCCGAAGACGCCACCAUCUACGACGACGCAGACUUCUACGGCCUCCUGCUCAAAGACCUGCUGGAGCAGAAAAGCGCCGACUCCGUCGCGGCGUCGAACAUCGAUCUCAGCUUCAGUUUGCGCCGCGAGGCGAAGACGCGGAAGGUGGUGGAUACGAAGGCUAGCAAGGGGCGGAAGCUAAGGUACACGGUUCACGAGAAGUUGCAGAAUUUCAUGGCGCCUGAGGAUCGGGGGAGGUGGGGGGAGAGGCAGGCUGAUGAGCUGUUUGGGAGUUUGUUUGGGCAGAGGUUGGGGUUGGGUGAGGAG